CUUGUCUCACUCAGGUUUCCUUUCUUUACUAAUCUUUUCCCUAGCACCUUCGGCCUCAGGCGUGCAAUCACUUGGUGUGCCCACUUCCCUUUAAAGUGCAAGAACAACAGAAGGGCAGCAUGAGUAAGUGGAGCACCUUAGACCAGCUCCUAGAAAAGGCUCAACCCUACUCUGGAGCUGGAGGAAAGAUAUGGCUGCAGAUCCUUUUCAUUUUCCGGAUUCUGCUCCUGGAGACUGCCAUCGAGUCAGCCUGGAGUGACGACCAGCUCAAUUUCCAUUGCAACACUCUGCAGCCUGGUUGUGAAAAUGUCUGCUAUGACCAAGCUUUCCCGAUCUCUCACGUGCGCCUCUGGGUCCUACAGAUCAUAUUCGUGUCCUUGCCUACACUCUUAUACCUGGCAUACGUGUUCUAUGUCAUUCGGCAGAAAGAGAAGUCGAAGAAGCAAGAGAAGGAACUUGGAGUUGCUCGCUUUGAUGGUGCCAAUGUGGAAAUGCACUGGCAGAAAAUUGAAGUAAAGAAGCCCAAGUGUGGCAGUGAAGAACAUAGUAAGGUGAAAGUUCAGGGCAGGUUGCUGCUAACCUACAUACUCAGUAUCUUCUUCAAGUCUGUCUUUGAGGUGGUCUUUGUGCUGAUCCAGUGGUACAUUUAUGGAUUUACCCUGAAGGCAGUUUACAUUUGUGAACACUCUCCUUGCCUGCAUCAGGUGGACUGCUUCCUCUCUCGCCCCACAGAAAAAAGCAUCUUCAUGCUCUUCAUGAUGGUGGUAUCUCUGGUAUCUUUAGUCUUGAAUAUAAUCGACCUGAUCCAAGUCUUAUUUAACACCAUUAAGAAUUGUGUGAGAGAUGAGGAUGAGUUUUACUAUGGUACAGCUGAUCUACAGAGCCUUUCCCAUGACUCCUCACCAAGUGUUCUCACUACCAUGGUUCCUAAGGAUCAGGUGGUUUCUGUGAAACAUUCUUCAGUCUAUGUUUAAAGUGAGCAAAACUAUGUCAGUUACAGUGCAUAACAGAGUCAAAGUGGGGAAGGACAGGCAGGAAGUAUCCUUUCUGGCUUGCACUCGGCCUUGUCUUCACUCUGAUGAUAAGCAGAAUUUUCAAAGGGUUUGGGUGGAGAGAAAAGCAAAACAAAGAUACUGAACACUAGUGUUAGAGUAGCAGAUAUACAGCAGUAGUAGUGGUCAUGACAAUAGCAGCCUGAUAUCCUAGAUAUUGCAAUUUGGGCUUGAAAACAUUGUGAUUUUGCUUGGUUGCUAAAGGGAAUCAAAGUGUAGUAGAAAGCGUACCCAUGCUUCAGUACAGAUGAUGUCCAAUGGCCUCAAUUGUAAAAACUAGCAAAUACAAAGACAUUAGACCACGGGAUCUGGGAUAGGAAGUGGAAGAGACAAGUAACCAAGACAUGUGUUACUAUUUAAAGGGCUUGAUUCUGGAGGCUUAGGCAUCCAGCUCAUUGGUAGAUGAUUUGUCUAGCAUGUGUAAGAACUCAAGUAGCACAAGAAUAAAAAGAUAGUAACUUAAACAAAUGAACUAAAUAAAUAAAAUGAUUGACUCAAAGAACUUCUAGUCCAAAUAUAACUUGUAUUAGGCAAUGCAUAAGGGCCUUUCUUCUCCCUUAUUACCUUAGAAUGGUUCUGUGUAUGGGGAAGAGUGAUUUAUUAUUUAUCCAUAGAAGUAGAUAUGGUG